GGAAGCGUUUCUAUGGACGGACUACUUGAAUGCAGUGGUUAUGCUCAUGCCCGGAUACGUAGACGGUGACUUCAUACUCAUUUUUCAGUGCACGUCCAGUGGCCGUCGCUCCUCUAUUUGAAUGGAUUUAUCGUAAAGAAAAGAAACAAGCUGCCAUCUACGCGUUCGCGCUGAUUUACACAGACAUGUAAGGAAACGUGAAGAUUAUCGAUUCUUUCCGACGGACUGUUGCGUUUAGGUGAGCUGCUAAAAAACAUUUUUCCUUCUUUGUUUCCGAAGCAGCGGUGCGUUCAAUAUCGCACUGCCUUAAAAAUAAUGAAGAUGGGCUGUAUGAAAUAAUGAGGAUCGCACGAUCUAGUACAGGUGGCAGCAAUGGUGGAAGCAUGUGCUCCUUCCUCUUAGAGGAAUAAUACUGAAAUUGAUGAAUGUGGAGUCGCUCUAAAUCAUCAGAGUACAAUGAACACCACUCUUACACCCUCGGACCUGGUAGAUGUGCCAAGACUGCAGACCUUCAAUGGCACCCUGGGUAACCAGACCCCCUCAGGCUGGGCCGUGAUCCACACUGCUACCUUGACUUUUUGUUCCCUCCUCCUCAUCUUUAUCUUCUUCCUUGGCUCUUAUGGGAAUCUUGUGGUGUUCCUGUCUUUUUUCGACCCGGCGUUUCGCAAGUUCCGCACCAACUUUGACUUCAUGAUCCUCAACCUGUCCUUCUGCGACUUGUUCAUUUGUUGCGUGACCGCUCCCAUGUUUGCGCUGGUGCUCUUCCUGGAUGCAGGCGGAGCGGAUGGCGUGUCAAAGAGUUUCUGCUUUGCCUUCCACUUGACCAGUUCGGGCUUCAUCAUCAUGUCCCUGGAGACGGUGGCCGUCAUUGCUUUGCACAGACUCCGCAUGGUUUUGGGACAGCAGCCCAACCGUACUGCUUCCUUCCCCUGCACGCUGGCCCUGACCGCCUUGCUGUGGACAUCCAGCUUCACAUUGGCUGCUCUCCUCACCAUGCGCGCAUACCCACGCAAAGAUGGACCCUGCUUGCCCCACUUUGGCCUGGGGAGUGGGCAGGCCAGGGUUGUGUUGUACGUCUACCUGGCAGAUUUUGCCUUUUGUGUUGCUGUGGUGUCUGUGUCGUAUCUGAUGAUUGCUCAGACCCUGAGGAAGAACGCACAAGUAAGGAAAUGCCCAAUCAUCACUGUUGAUGCCACCUGCCCUCCACCCCCACCACCUCUCAUUGCAGCAGGCUUUGAAAGCAUGCAGUGUGCCGUUCAAGGCCCCUCUCUGUACCGUAACCAGUCUUACAACAAACUGCAGAAUGUACAAACGCACGCCUAUGCCAACAGGACAAACCAGCCGGUGGUUCCAGGGGCCGCCCAAGGAGCCACCUGCUGUCAGCUGGUCUCCACAGUCAACUUAGCCACAGCCAAAGACUCCAAGGCAGUUGUCACCUGUGUAGUUAUAGUGUUCUCUGUGUUACUCUGCUGUCUGCCGAUGGGAGUUUCACUGGCACAGGAUGUUUUGUCACCAGAAAGCAGCUUUGCACAUUACCAGUUCGAACUGUGUGGCUUUGUGCUCAUUUUUCUCAAAUCAGGCAUCAAUCCAUUUGUGUACUCGCGCAACAGUGCAGGCCUCCGCCGCCGCGUACUGUCCUGCAUUCAGUGGGCCGCACUUGGAUUUCUGUGCUGCAAGCAAAAGACACGCCUGCACGCAAUGGGGAAGGGGAGCCUGGAAGUCAAUCGCAAUAAAUCCUCCCAUCACGAGACCAACUCGGCCUACGUGCUGUCACCUAAGCCACAGAAGAGGCUGGUAGACCAGGCUUGUGGACCCAGUCAUUCCCGGGAUUGCGCUGGCAGUCCCAGGGCGACCGGUACACGCAAACCUCGCCUCCCGAGCACCUCUACACCCAUCAACACCCGGAUUGAGCCCUACUACAGUAUAUACAACAGCAGUCCCUCAGCAGGGCCCAGCUCCCCCACCAGCCUACAGCCUAUCAGCUCUCAGACAUUUGCCUUCGCCAAGUCCUAUGUAGCCAUGCACUACCACACUCACCAAGAUGCUCUGCAGGACUUUGAAAGCACCUCAGUGCACCAGAUUCCCGUGCCCUCGGUAUAGUCAAAGAACAGAAAGCUUUGGACAAUCUCUCCAUGACUUUAAAUCCAAUGUGAAUCAAAGGAGGAAUGUGUAAACAGGCCAUUUUUAUGUCUUUGGACUCAGUAUUAACAUUUUUGUUCUCUCCUACAGUAGAACGAUGUUGCACAAAUGACAAGAACCAGAAUUACAGUAUAAACUUUGCCUUUGAAACUGAAAUGAGAAACAGAUUUAGAAUAAAAGUUUAUGUUCCAGCAAGUUA